AUGUCUCCAAGUACAGACACAUCGCAGCCGGACCUCGGCGAAGAAAAAGCCCAUAUUGGCCCCCAAAGACACUCGAGCGAUAAGAGCGACGACGUAUUCGACCGCACCAAAUCCGAUGAUGUGACUUAUGCCCCGAUAAACUCCCCGAGUACCCACAAUGAAGGCAACACACCACUCCAGAAACAGCGCUCGAAUGCGUCUAAAUCGGUCACAUCCAAGUCCCUGGAACGCAGCUGGUCAUUGAACGACGGCGUCAGCAUUGGCGGCCAUGAAGUCGACGAGGCCGCGGUGGCGAACCAGGAUGAAGCAUAUACUGUGGGCUGGGAGGAGAACGAUCCUAUGAAUCCGCGCAAUAUGAGCAAAGGCCGACGGUGGUUGGUUGUCAUUAUUGUCUCAAUGGGUUCGCUUUGCGUGACUUGUGCCUCUUCGAUCUAUACUACGACAUAUGCCCAAUUGAUGAGUGAAUUUGGGUGUUCGCAAGAAGUUGCGACUCUCGGAUUGUCUUUCUUUAUUUGGGGUCUUGGUAUUGGACCGCUAUUUCUCAGCCCAUUAUCGGAGUUUUAUGGCCGGAGAAACAUUUAUAUUUGGUCUUUCAGCCUUUUUCUUGUUUGGAUCAUUCCAUGCGCAUUAGCCAAGAACACCCAAACCAUGAUUAUCGCUCGGUUCUUCAGUGGACUGUCAGGAAGUGCCUUUUUGAGUGUUGCUGGAGGUACUGUCGGUGAUAUGUUUGAUCGCCAUGAGCUUGCCUUCCCCAUGAUGCUUUACACUGCGAGCCCCUUUGUGGGACCUGAAGUCGGGCCUCUAGUUGGUGGCUUCAUCAAUGCAUUUACCACAUGGCGUUGGACGUUUUAUGUGCUCCUGAUAUGGGCCGGAGUGAUGCUCGCCUCGAUGAUAUUCUUGGUUCCAGAGACCUACCACCCAGUACUUUUGAGGCGCAAAGCGGAGAAGCUGCGCCAGGAAACCGGGGAUGAGCGAUGGAAAGCUCCGAUCGAAAAGUUGCAGCGUUCUGUGAGCCAGACCGUGCUGCUCUCCAUGAAAAGGCCAGUUCUGCUCUUAGCAUUGGAGCCAAUGUGUCUAUGCCUUUGCAUUUUCUCGGCUAUCCUGUUGGGUAUCCUGUACCUCUUCUUUGGUGCUUUCCAGCUAGUCUUCUCAGAAGUUUAUGGGCUAGUAAUAUGGCAGCGUGGAUUGUGUUUCCUUGGUUUGUUUAUCGGAAUGGUUAUAGCCAUUUUGUCAGAUCCGAUCUGGCGCCGAAAUUACGUUCGCCUAGAGCGUAACCAUGAGAAAGCCACGAAAAAGCUCGAUGACUUCCAGCCGGAGUGGCGACUGCCCCCAGCGAUCCUGGGAGGACCCUUGGUUACUAUAGGACUUUUCAUCUUUGCUUGGACAAUCUACCCUAAUGUCCAUUGGAUUGCGCCUAUCAUUGGUAGUGCUGUUUUUGGUGCAGGGACAAUCCUAGUCUACUCGGGCAUUUUCACAUUCCUAGUCGAUGCGUAUCCAACUUUUGCCGCCAGCGCUCUGGCAGCGAACAGCUUCACCCGCUCAUCCUUUGGAGGCAUAUUUCCACUAUUUGGAAUGCAAAUGUAUCACAACCUCGGAUAUAACUGGGCAACUUCCUUGUUGGCGUUCCUGACCCUUGUCAUGACCCCUUUCCCGUACCUAUUCUUCCGGUAUGGGAGCUGGAUCCGAAGUAAGAGCCGAUUCGCGAAAUCCCAGGCGUGA